UCGACAUUAUUUUUGUAUAUAUAGUAUAAGAAGUAAUCCUUCUUUUAGUGUUAAUAAUACCAAAAAAAUGGCAUUGGUAGAUGACCUUAAAGAAUGUAAACUAUAUGCAAUUUUAAGUGUUGUUGGAGUCAUUUUUGUUAUUGGAGGAGUUGGAUGUUUCUUUGGUGGGUUUGUUAGUACCAACAUUCUAACCAAAGGAAUACCUGGCAUUGGAAUUGGCUGCAUUGCAAUUGGUGCUUUUAUCCUGAUAUUUUGCUGCUACUUAAGGCGUAAAGAUCAGUACUCUAAUGUAAACACAGGUCCUCAAGUCACUACUUAUUCAGCAACCGGUACUGUUGUUGGUACUCAGCAAGUAUAUCCCCAGGGAGCACCAACAUAUCCAGCUCAACAAGGCAGUCACCCACCUCAGCAAGGGAGUUAUCCCCCACAACAUGGCAAUUACCCACCUCAACAAGGGAAUUACCCACCUCCCCAGCAAGGAGUAUACCAACAGCAAGGAACAUAUCCGCCUUCUCAGAACACCUAUCCACCUUCCCCAAAUACAUAUCCACCACCACAAGGAACCUAUCCUCCACCACAAGGAAGUUACAUACCCCCACAGGGAACAUAUCCACAGGCAACCUAUCCCGCUCCAGAAUCCAAAUCUUCUGGUUCUGCUUACCCAACUAAACCGGAUGCUCUACCGGAAGUGGCUCCACCACCUUAUGCUCCGCCAUCGUAUGAUUCGACUGCAACCGCUCCCUCUGCUCCUCCUUCGUAGUGAUGUUUUCACUUAGCACUGCGCCUAACGCUGUCAAUACCUAUUUUAAAGUCAGACUUUUGUUGUUUGUACUAAUAAUGCACAUAUAUAUCGAGAUAGAACUCGACAACGGUCUUUACAGGCCCGCGCGAUUCUUUAUUACUUGUUGAGUCAUGCUGCACCUAAAUUAUUUAAAGUUUGUUUGUACGCGCGCAUGUGUAGUUAUGUCUGUGUUAUUUUCUGUUGUUUUGUGUCUUUAAGAAUGCGUUUUAUACCAUGACUGGGUUCAGGUUGCUCUUAGCCAGGAAACCCUUUCCCUCGCUAUGCUUCCGUGUGGAGAAGCAUAGCGAGGAGAGGAUUUCCUGGCAACGUUCCUCUAAAGAUUUGUCCAAAAUAUUGCUUGUGAAAACAAGCAAGUAAUAAUGCUCUAAAAUUACAGUAUAUGUUUAUCGUUUAUUCAUUUCUUUGUAUGUUUUUGAAAAUUGAAUUCGGUUGCCAUUUCCUAUGCUUGACUGUGUCCGUUUUUACACGUUUGAUUUUUGAAAACUUCCCGUCAUUAUUUUCCUUAUUUUGUAUAUGCUUAUAUAUUUAUUCUUAUAUAUACCACAUACUGGUUAUUAUGUGUAUAACAAUUCUUUACUUUAUUGUAAAAAUUCACCUAUGGAAUAAAUGUUGAUUCUGAAAAAUAUUAGAAAAAAUUGA